CCGGCCAGCGUUUGGUAGAGAGGCGGGUGCCGGAUGGUGGAGGACCACUGAUGAGAGCUGUGAGCGGGGAAUAAACAACAAGGAGAAGAAGGAGAAGGGACUCUUUUAGCUCGCAUUCCACUUCCACGCGGAUACCGGUAAACUCCACGGGAGGAUUUCCUUCACCUGCUGCGUGUGGUGGCCAAGUGAGGAGCGCUGCUUCUGGUAGCCACUUGCAAUGUCACAGAGAAGUGGGCAGGAGGACCCGGAGCGGUACCUCUUUGUGGACCGCGCCGUGGUCUACAACCCGGCCUCGCAGGCCGACUGGACCGCCAAGAGGCUGGUAUGGAUCCCGUCGGAGCGCCACGGUUUCGAAGCGGCCAGCGUACGAGAGGAGCGCAGCGAGGAGGUGCUCGUGGAGCUGGCGGAGAACGGGAAGAAGGCCUCGGUCAACAAGGACGACAUCCAAAAGAUGAACCCGCCCAAGUUCAGCAAGGUGGAGGACAUGGCCGAGCUCACCUGCCUCAACGAAGCGUCCGUACUGCACAACCUCAAGGACCGCUACUACUCGGGCCUCAUUUAUACGUACUCUGGCCUCUUCUGUGUAGUCAUAAAUCCCUACAAAAACCUCCCCAUCUACUCGGAGAACAUCGUGGAAAUGUACCGGGGCAAAAAGAGGCACGAGAUGCCCCCUCACAUCUACGCCAUCUCAGAGUCUGCUUACAGAUGCAUGCUACAAGAUCGAGAGGACCAGUCCAUUCUUUGCACUGGUGAGUCUGGAGCUGGCAAGACGGAGAACACAAAGAAAGUCAUCCAGUACCUGGCGCAUGUUGCCUCCUCCCACAAAGGAAGAAAAGACCACAACAUUCCUCCAGAAUCUCCUAAGCCAGUGAAGCUGCAGAGUGGAGCCCUCUUUUAUGGUGAACUGGAACGUCAGCUUUUACAAGCUAACCCCAUCCUCGAAUCAUUUGGAAACGCGAAGACGGUGAAAAAUGACAACUCAUCCCGUUUUGGGAAAUUCAUCCGCAUCAACUUUGAUGUCACUGGAUAUAUUGUUGGGGCCAACAUUGAAACAUAUUUAUUGGAGAAAUCCAGAGCUAUACGCCAAGCCAAAGAUGAACGCACCUUCCACAUUUUUUACCAGCUGCUGGCCGGAGCUGGAGAACACCUCAAAUCUGACCUGCUUUUGGAGGGGUUUAACAACUACCGUUUCCUGUCCAAUGGCAACAUCCCGAUCCCAGGCCAGCAGGAUAAAGACAACUUCCACGAGACCAUGGAGGCCAUGCACAUCAUGAGCUUCUCCCACGAGGAGAUUCUGGCCAUGUUGAAAGUCGUGUCCUCGGUGCUUCAGUUUGGAAACAUUAUCUUUAAGAAGGAAAGGAACACCGACCAGGCCUCCAUGCCUGAUAAUACAGCCGCUCAGAAGCUGUGUCACCUGUUGGGCAUGAGUGUCAUGGAGUUCACUAGAGCCAUCCUCUCGCCAAGGAUCAAAGUGGGACGAGACUAUGUCCAGAAAGCCCAAACCAAAGAGCAGGCUGACUUUGCUGUGGAGGCCCUGGCUAAAGCAACAUAUGAGCGUCUCUUCCGUUGGCUGGUCCAUCGCAUUAACAAAGCUCUAGACAGGACUAAAAGACAGGGUGCCUCCUUCAUCGGUAUCCUGGACAUUGCUGGCUUUGAGAUCUUCCAGCUCAACUCUUUCGAGCAGCUGUGCAUCAACUAUACCAAUGAGAAGCUGCAGCAGCUCUUCAACCACACCAUGUUCAUCCUUGAGCAGGAGGAGUACCAGAGGGAGGGCAUCGAGUGGAGCUUCAUCGACUUUGGCCUCGACCUGCAGCCCUGCAUCGACCUCAUUGAGAGGCCGGCAAACCCUCCAGGGUUGUUAGCUCUGCUAGAUGAGGAGUGCUGGUUCCCCAAGGCCACAGACAAGACCUUUGUGGACAAGCUGAUCCAAGAACAGGGAACACACACCAAGUUUCAGAAACCGCGCCAGCUCAAAGACAAAGCUGACUUCUGCAUCAUCCACUAUGCUGGAAGGGUGGACUACAAGGCAGAUGAGUGGUUGAUGAAGAACAUGGACCCCCUCAAUGACAACGUGGCCACGCUUCUGCAUCAGUCCACUGACAAAUUUGUGGGGGAGCUGUGGAAAGACGUGGAUCGCAUAGUGGGCCUGGACCAGGUGGCAGGCAUGAACGAGACAGCCUUUGGCGCCACCUACAAAACGAAGAAGGGCAUGUUUCGGACUGUGGGUCAGCUCUACAAGGAGUCACUCACCAAGCUCAUGGCCACGCUAAGGAACACCAACCCCAACUUCGUCCGUUGUAUCAUCCCCAACCACGAAAAACGAGCAGGUAAACUGGAGCCUCACCUGGUUCUGGACCAGUUGAGGUGUAAUGGUGUUCUCGAGGGGAUCCGUAUCUGCAGACAGGGCUUCCCCAACCGCAUUGUCUUCCAAGAGUUCAGACAGAGAUACGAGAUCCUCACUCCCAAUGCUAUUCCCAAGGGCUUCAUGGAUGGGAAACAAGCUUGUGAGAGAAUGAUUCAAGCCCUUGAGCUGGACCCCAACCUGUUUCGCAUCGGCCAGAGUAAGAUCUUCUUCAGAACCGGUGUUCUGGCUCACUUGGAGGAGGAGCGUGAUCUGAAGAUCACUGACAUCAUCAUUUACUUCCAGUCUGUGUGUCGUGGAUACUUGGCACGCAAGGCCUUUGCUAAGAAGCAGCAACAGCUAAGUGCCCUGAAGGUUCUCCAGAGGAACUGUGCUGCUUACCUGAAGCUGCGACACUGGCAGUGGUGGAGGCUCUUUACAAAGGUGAAGCCUCUUCUGCAGGUAACAAGGCAGGAGGAGGAGAUGCAAGCCAAAGAUGAGGAGCUAGUCAAGGUGAAGGAGAGACAGCUGAUGGUGGAGAAUGAUCUUGUGGAGAUGGAAAGGAAACACCAACAGCUCAUGGAGGAGAAGACCAUUCUAGCAGAGCAGCUCCAGGCAGAAACGGAGCUGUUUGCAGAGGCCGAAGAGAUGAGAGCUCGUCUGGCCUCCAGGAAGCAAGAGCUCGAGGAGAUACUCCAUGACCUGGAGUCUCGGGUGGAGGAAGAGGAGGAAAGGAACCAGAGUCUGCAGAACGAGAAGAAGAAGAUGCAGUCGCACAUUCAGGACCUGGAGGAGCAGCUCGAUGAGGAGGAAGCCGCACGACAGAAGCUUCAGCUCGACAAAGUGACGGCUGAGGCAAAGAUCAAGAAAUUAGAAGAAGACAUUGUGUUGCUCGAGGACCAAAACACCAAGUUUCACAAGGAGAAAAAGCUGCUGGAGGACCGGAUCAAUGAAGCGACCACCAUGCUGACAGAGGAGGAGGAGAAAACAAAGAACCUUGGCAAGCUCAAGAACAAGCAGGAGAUGAUAAUGGUGGAUCUGGAGGAGCGUCUGAAGAAGGAAGAGAAAACACGUCAGGAACUGGAGAAAGCCAAACGCAAGCUGGACGCUGAGACGACAGAUCUGCAGGACCAGAUUGCUGAGCUCCAAGCGCAGAUUGAAGAAUUGAAGAUCCAAUUGGCCAAGAAGGAGGAGGAGUUCCAGGCAUCAUUGGCCAAGAGUGACGAGGAGACGGCGCAAAAGAACAACGCCCUCAAGCAGAUCCGGGAGCUGCAGGCCCAGCUGGCUGAGCUCCAGGAGGAUCUGGACUCCGAGAAGAUGUGCCGAAGUAAAGCUGAAAAACUGAAGAGGGACCUCAGCGAGGAGCUCGAGGCGCUGAAGACGGAGCUGGAGGACACGCUAGACACCACUGCCACCCAGCAGGAACUCAGGACCAAGCGAGAGCAAGAAGUGGCUGAGCUCAAGAAAGCGAUCGAUGAGGAGAGCAAAAACCAUGAGGCCCAGAUCCAAGAAAUGAGGCAGAGGCACGCCAUUGCGCUGGAGGAACUGUCUGAACAACUGGAUCAGGCUAAAAGAUUUAAGUCCAAUUUGGAAAAGAACAAGCAGUGUCUGGAAAACGACAACAAAGAGUUGGUCUGCGAGGUGAAGAUUCUGCAGCAGACCAAGACGGAGUCCGAACAUAAGAGGAAAAAACUGGAGUCCGUGAUGCAGGAGUUCACGGCCAGAACCGCUGAGAUGGAGCGGGCCAAGGGGGAGAUGGCUGACCGUUCCCACAAACUCCAGAUGGAGCUGGAUAACGUGUCAGUCUUGCUGGAGGAGGCGGAGAAGAAGGGCAUCAAACUGACAAAGGACGCCGACAACCUGGGAAGCCAGCUGCAGGAUGCACAUGAGUUACUUCAGGAGGAGACUCGCCAGAAGCUAAACCUGGGCAGCAAAGUGCGCCAACUGGAGGAGGAGAAGAACACCUUGCUGGAGCAGCAGGAGGAGGAGGAGGAGGCUCGACGCAACUUGGAGAAACAGCUGCAGAUGACCCAGACUCAGCUGAUUGAGACCAAGAAGAAGCUGGAAGAGGAUGUGGGAGCCAUGGAGGGCCUGGAAGAAGUGAAGAGAAAACUCCAGAAAGACGUGGAGCUGACGAGCCAGCGUCUGGAGGAGAAGGCCAUGGCCACGGACAAGAUGGAGAAGACCAAAAACCGACUGCAGCAGGAGCUUGAUGACCUGAUGGUGGACCUGGACCACCAGAGGCAGAUAGUCUCCAACCUGGAGAAGAAACAGAAGAAGUUUGACCAGAUGUUGGCUGAAGAGAAGACCGUGUCGGCUCGGUACGCCGAGGAGCGUGACCGUGCGGAGGCCGAGGCCAGGGAGAAGGAGACCAAGGCCUUGUCCAUGGCUAGAGCUCUGGAGGAGGCUCUGGAGGCCAAGGAGGAGCUGGAGAGGUUCAACAAGCAGCUCCGUGCAGAAAUGGAGGACCUGAUGAGCUCAAAGGAUGACGUGGGAAAGAAUGUCCACGAGCUGGAGAAGUCCAAGCGUGCGCUGGAGCAACAGGUGGAGGAGAUGCGGACUCAGCUGGAGGAGCUGGAGGACGAGCUGCAGGCCACCGAGGACGCCAAAUUGCGCUUAGAGGUCAACAUGCAGGCCAUGAAGGCCCAGUUUGACAGAGACUUGCAGUCGAGGGACGAGCAGGGCGACGAGAAGAAGCGGGCGCUGGUCAAACAGGUGCGUGAAAUGGAGGCCGAGUUGGAGGACGAGAGGAAGCAGAGGACGCUAUCUGUGGCCUCCAAGAAGAAGCUGGAGAUGGAUCUGAAUGAGCUGGGUGGGCAAAUAGAAGCAGCCAAUAAAGGCAGGGACGAGGCCAUGAAACAACUAAAGAAACUACAGGCUCAGAUGAAGGACUAUCAGAGGGAGCUGGAGGAGGCGCGGGCCUCCAGGGACGAGAUCUUCACGCAGUCCAAAGAAAACGAAAAGAAACUCAAGGGCCUCGAAGCUGAAAUCUUGCAACUACAAGAGGACCACGCGGCGUCGGAGAGAGCCCGCCGGCACGCCGAACAGGAGCGAGACGAACUGGCAGACGAAAUCUCCAACAGCACUUCCGGAAAGUCCAUGCUGCUGGAGGAAAAGAGGAGACUGGAGGCUCAAAUCGCCCAACUGGAGGAGGAGCUGGAGGAGGAGCAGGGCAACACGGAGCUGCUUAACGAGCGCUUCAGGAAGAGCACGCUGCAGGUGGAGAGUCUAAACACGGAGCUGGCUGCGGAGCGCGGUGCCUCCCAAAAGAGUGAGAACGCUCGGCAACAGAUGGAGCGUCAGAACAAGGAGCUGAAGGCCAAGCUUGCAGAGCUGGAAGGCUCAGUCAAGUCCAAGUUCAAGGCCUCCAUCACGGCGCUGGAAGCUAAAAUCCUGCAGCUCGAGGAGCAGCUGGAGCAGGAAGCAAAAGAGAGAGCGGCGGCCAAUAAGAUCGUCCGACGCACAGAGAAAAAGCUGAAGGAGGUGAUGAUGCAGGUGGAGGAUGAGCGGCGUCACGCCGACCAGUACAAGGAACAGGUGGACAAGGGCAACUCGCGUAUGAAGCAACUGAAGCGUCAGCUGGAGGAGGCCGAGGAGGAGGCCACCAAGGCCAACGCGUCGCGCAGGAAGAUGCAGAGGGAGCUGGACGACGCCAGCGAAGCCAGCGAGGGCCUCAGCCGCGAGAUAAGCAGCCUCAAGAGCAGACUCAGGCGAGGCGGUCCCGUCAGCUUCUCGUCCUCCGGCCGCUCGGGCCACCACAACCUGAACGUGGACGGCGCCUCCGUGGACCGCUCCGACGACGAUGCCGACAGCCGCACCGGCGACUUCAACGACAUCGCCAAUGCGGAGUGAACGAACACACUCACUCCAACCGGGACUGAAAACAACUGCAGCACAUCUGUCCACCAAUACCACACUACCAGCGGUACCUUGACUUACAUGUGCCCCAACUAACUACUUUUUCACAGUUAUCAGCAACUCAAGGUAAUAAAAAAAAAAUGUUUUUUUUUGUUUGGUUUUUUUUUUUGCCUUGAGUUGCUAGCAAAGAUUCAUGGGGGAUAGAGACUGAGUCCUGUCGUGAAUAGCAAAAAUCCACACGUCAUUGACCCCCCCCACAAAGGGGUGUGUAAUUGCGUAAAGAUGCCACAAUAUGCCAGCUAAGCACUUAAACCAGAGAAUCAUAAAGCAUCAACACCAUGCAUCUAACUUGCACGCAGUCAUGAACCCAUGUUACAUACAUGACGGAAUUCAGUAGUUCAAUUCUUCAAUACAAAAAAAAUCACCUUCACAAUAGUAGAAGUGAGCAUAUGAGCCUAAAAAAAAAAAAAAAACACGCGAGCACAAACUGAUGCGACAUCACGCAAACAAAUAUGCGCACGAGCACUUUACGCAAACAGAAUUAAGUCACUAAACUUACCUUUUGGCAUUUGCACACAAAAAUAAAUGUUAGGGAAUAAAGGUAAAUUGUAAUGGCAACGUAGCUGCAUCGUGAGAGAAGCAAAAUAUACAGUACCCACAAAAUACGACAUCUCAUACACUGAUGAAAAAACACUAUCAACGGAUAAAACCUAACAACAAGACCAUAAGUCCACCACAUGACGCCAAAGUAAUAUGAAUCGAUGAGAUUUUCAGCCAAUAACGGAAGAAAAAAAACAACCCUGCAAGUUUGCAGAUACUGAAACAUGAAGAUGCAGGAGUUGAGUGUACUAGGAAAUCGGGGAGCAACUCCAAGUUUGUGUUAUCAAAAAUUUUUUUAAAAAUCAUGAAAACCUAAAAUUAUGCAGUGCAAGUACAGUUUUGUGCUUGUAUUUUCCAUUUUUCUGUGCAGGUAUUUAGCCACAUUUCUUGACAUUCUAUUAUAUUAUAACUGUACAAUACUGUUCAGAUUUUCUUCUUAAGAAAACAGAUUAUAAAGAAAUCUUUGUGUUUUUUUUGGAGGGGCUAGAAUGUAUUAAUGGCAUUUCCACUCAUUUCACUGGGGAAAGAUACAAGUGACUUGCAUUCCUAUCAAGGAACAAAUGAAAUUCUCAAGUCAAGGUACCGCUGCUUUUUUUUUUUUUUUUUUUUUUUUAACUGUAACCCUAAGGCGAAGCGACACCUCCCUCCUUCCACAAGAGGCAAACGGACAUUCUGCCUUUUCUUCCAGGGUUCUCACGUGUGUCGCCCUGACAACGUGCUUUUGGGAGGCGCCCGGACUCACACUUUUAUCAUCAUCGAGUACAUCAACACUGCAAAAAGAGAAUUGACCUUAUUACGAGUGAAAACAUCCUACUGUACUUAUUUGAAGACAGUUUUGACUUCACAAUUUUCAGCAAGACAAAAAGACAGUUUUUCACUUUUAAGAAUCUCAUCGAGUCAAUUCAUACUAGUUCCAUUGGCGGAUUCUUUUUCCCUUAUUUUAUGAACAUCCAUCCAUUUUCUGAGCCGCUUCUCCUCACAAGGGUCGCAGGCGUGCUGGAGCCUAUCCCAGCUGUCAUCGGGCAGGAGGCGGGGUACACCCUGAACUGGUUGCCAGCCAAUCGCAGGGCACAUACAAACAAACAACCACUCGCACUCACAUUCACACCUACAGGCAAUUUAAAGUCUCCAAUUCAUCAUUCUUAUUAUAAGUGACAUAAUCCGCCAAUGGAACUGGUAUGACUUGACUCGAUAAGAUUCUUAAAAGAUCUUGUCUCUCAAAAGGUCUUUUUGUUCUGCUUCAUUUCAAUUUUACUUUAAAAUGAGUGCAGUAAGAUGUUUUCACGAGAAAUAAGGUCAAUUCACGAGGUAAGUUUUGCAUUUUUGCAGUGAAAACAAAAAGCCGACUGACACACUUCGCACAUCAGCGCAAAGGACGGAAAGCAAAGUGGAUUACGCUACUGCGAAAAGACAACGGACAUGUCAACAUGUGGAGGAUAUGCCGACACAAAUUGGAGGCAAGAACACGUCAUGCAUUUUAAGGCUCCUUUUUCUCCUUUUUGCAACAUUGACGUCACACAGAAAAAGUUGGGAGAUCAUGGAGAGAAAAAAAACAAAACGAUUUAGUGUCAUGUGAAAAGCCGCUUGAGUGUUUCUUGAUAAUACUGCCAUUAGGGUUGGGCGAGUACCGACGCCAGGUAUCAGUAUCGGGCCGAUACCGGCCUUAUUCCCAGGUGUCGUGUACUCGUGAAGGCUGCCGAUACCAGCCACCGACGCUUUAGGCACACACAAAAAUAAAUCUGACAUCGAGUAAGUCCCCCUUGCCAGUAGUUGGCGCUACUCUGUGGAAGUUUGACACAUCGGAGAAUCCUCAUGUAAGUCAGAAAGACAAAAGUGUUCACAAUCUUUGUCAUUGUGUUCAAUGAAAUCGUGUGUCAAAAGUACUAGUGGUAUCCGUACUCUGUAUGGGUGAGUACUUGUACUAGUAUCAGUCUGGGGGAAAAAAAGUGGCAUCGAACAUCUCUACUUGAUAGCCAACUUAAGGUCCACAUACUAGUAGUUUGUCCUCACUAGUAAGACUAGUAGAACGACUGUUGUCUUAGUAGUACUGUUAUUUUCCACUACUGGAUAACAUUUUUGCACACUAGUAGGACAGAUUUGGUGUACUAGUAGGACAACCACUUUACUAGUGAGACAAUAAGGCACUAGUUGUUGACUGCAUGCUGCUAGUGAUGUCAAAUUUGCGCUUCACAUGUUUUUUGCACAAUUUAAGGUUCAUGUACUACUAGUACUUUUUGUCCCCACUGGUAAGACAAUUCAGCAUACUAGCAGAAUGACAGCCGCACUAGUUAGUCUUACUAGUAACAUUUGUUCUACUGUAUGACAUUCCUGCACACUAGUAGGACAAGUACUGUACAUGUUACCAAUAAGGCCUCUGUGCGUUACUAGUGAAGCACUAGAUGUUAAGUAGAAUUGUAUAAUGUCACUAGUAGCACACAGAUGUCAACUUGUGCAUACCAGUAUUGCCUCACUGGUAUCAUGUACUAGUUGGCCUACCAGUGUGUCAAAGUUGCUAGUGAGGACUAAGAGUGUACUAGUGCACAGACAUUUAGCUGGAUAUCAAGAAUAAUUGACUAAAUGCCCAAAUGGUUUUCCAUCAUCUCGUACAAAGUGCACAUCUCCUCCUUUGUGUAAAAUGACAAAAGAUUCAACGUAUGUUUCUUUAAAAGUGCCUUAGACACUAAAUAAAAGAACAUCAAAGGUCGAGGAUUUUUGCUCCCAAAGUUAAGCGGACGCGAACGAUCCAACACUUGUUUUCCUUUUGUUGCUAUGCUUCAUAUCCGAAUCAUUCAUUUCGAGUACGGUAUGUUGUGUUACCGCCACCGUUUAUCAUAGUUACACUCAAGUUGUUAUUGUACAGGAUUAUUUUUCAUUUGGUUGGAAGCUUUAACAUUCUCAAGUAGUUUAUUAACAUCCAGUCAUUUUAAUGAUGAUGAUGAUUGUUAUUUUUGCAUUGCACUACAAAUACUCCCAGUUUUAUUUCUCGUGUAUCUGGAUUUCGAGACAGUAAUCAUUUUUGCUUCUUUUUUUUGUUUUUUAAAUAAGGAAAAUAAAGCACAUUGUCACUGUU